UGUGUCCUCCUCCCCAUUUCCUUCCCCACGUCGAGCCUUCGAGGGUUCAGGCAACUCCUUCACCGCUCGCGCCGGCGCCGGCGCCACCCAUCUCACCCCCCGCGCCGCCUCCGGCCGGAGCCGCUCCUCCCCUACAACACGCUCAGGCUGCGACGCUCGGGCAUGCCAUGGAGCUUGAGAAGGCCUUCAGGAAGCGGGCCCGCGCAAGCGGCGGAUGCUCGGCCGGCGGCCCGGACUGGCUGAGCGCCCUGCCGGACUGCCUCCUCCAUGUCAUCGAUGUCCUUCAUGAAGGCUCGGCAGGUGGUCCAGACAUGCGUGCUGUCCAAGCGGUGGAGGCACCUCUUGCGCUCCGUGCCGUGCCUCGACGUCGACCACGAUGAGUUCAAGAAGACGGCGCGUGCCUCUGAAGACGGCUCUUACUCCAGCGGUGACCACAGCUCUGACUCCAACGACGACCAGUGGAGGCACCACUGGCGCCGGCCAUGGCUCGGCGUCGGGCUUGGUGUCGACCGCAAUGUGUUCAAUACAGUGAUUGCUUCUGACGACAACUCUGACUCGCUCGGGGAUGAUAACUCUGACUCCGAUGAUGACAUCCAUGACUCUGAUGAUGACACCCCUGAUUCUGACAGUGAUUCCGAUGGUGACUGCUCAGGCUCCAAUCUUGGCAGCUCUGAUGCUAACGUUGACGACGACAAUCACAAGGACAAGGAGAAGGACAAGGACUGGGAGGAUUUUGAGGAUUUCACUGCAAACCUGAUGCUUCGUUGUAACAUUGCACAGUUGGAUUCAUUCCGGCUGCAUAUUAUUGGGAGCAGAGCACCUGAGUUUGGAGAUAGACAGGCAGCAGAUGGCUCCGUUGCACGAUGAAAUAUUUUGCCCCAGAUCGUGCCAGUCAGCAUGUGGGAUUGAGCUCCGGCUCUUGGUGUCUCAAAAGGCUGCAUCUCUGCCAUGUAAUUCUGGAUAAUCAUUUCGUGAAGCAUGUUAGGUCAGUAUGCCACUCUUUGGAGGAUUUGGACCUGGACGAUUGCACAUGUAAAAUUCGGUCAAUCACCUCCCACUCGCUGAAGACACUUAUUCUGAAAAACUGCAGAUGGUGCAAUCUUUCUAAGAUUACAUCCACCACACUGAAGACAUUGGUUAUUGAUGGCAGCUCGAAUACUGAUGACUGUGUACUGGUUAUCUUGGCCCCUGCUGUCGCAUAUCUGCACCUGGCUGUGAAUGUUGACCACUUUUGUGGUGGCAUUUCAAUAACGAGGUGACAUCCCCUGCCAAGGCUUUGAUUCAUCUGCAAAGUCACAGAUAUGGAGCAUUCACAAGUAGACUUUGUGGCGAUCAAUUCAAGUUUCUUUGUAGUAUAUCCAAAGUGACAAGUUUAGAGUUGUCGGGUGUCGGGACAAAGGUGCUCGCUAAGGAACCCACAUUCCUGGAAUUCAAGAACCUGAGAAACUUAUUGCUUGUCAACUGUGAUCUCAGUGACGACUGCCAUACAUUGGCAUUCUUUCUUCAGAGUUCACCUAUUCUGGAGAAGCUCACUUUGCGGCACUGCCAGUUCCCAAAAUGUCCUAACAAAAAGAAAGGAACACCCAUACUUAACAAGAUUUCAUCUUCUGUGCUCCAUGGCCUGGAUUUGCUGUGUGAGAACCUCAAGGUUGAAAUCAUAUAUAGACAUGGCUAUGGCCCCCACCUCCUACAGCUUCUGCUGCGUGUUUCAGUGAAUCUGUCACAGAAAAAACAUUAAGCUCACCAAAGUUAAUUAGUGUUAUUGUUAGCCCAGGCCUUCUAUGUAUCUCACCUUAUGGUUCAUGUAGAAUUUAUGUGCACAUUAUAUGCUCCCUUCAGAUGCACUAGGUUGAAGCCUAUACUUUUGACUAAUUUCUAGGUGAUGCAGGCCUUUUGAUCUAUUGACUAGAUAUGCUACUGGCUUUUACUCAUUUUCCUUGCUUAAGGAAUGAUUGCCUCUGGAAAAUGUGUGCUUUAAGCCCUAUGUACUGCGUGUUUCUGUCCACUGCCCACUUACAUGUUUGCUUCUGUGUUUUCCAUACUGGAACUGUCUCCAAUUUAUGAAACACUGCAAGCUUAAAAAUUGGGCCCUGAAAUCUCAUGCUUUCUUCUGUUUUUUUCUUUCUUCCUGGAUCCUUUUUGGGACUAGGCAGAGGUACAUACUUUCGAAAGCUAAACACCAACUCGAAUUCAUCAGCGAUCUUUUCAUACUGUGCAGAUAUCUCCUGUAUGGAUCCCCUAUAUUAUGUAUAUGCAAACUGUAUAUGAAAAAUACCUUGAGCUACUAUGCUUUGACAUGCAUGCAUUUUUCUCGAUUAAGUACGCCUUUACCUCCCAGACUUCCAGGCAAUAGAGUUUCAAGCAAUUAAGCUCCUUUCACAGCAUUUUGUUACACGUGUGACGGCAAUUGGCAAAACAAACAGAUCAGUCACUAGCAAAGAAAUGCAGCAUUUCUUACUUUCUUAAUGCUAUACAGAAGCACGCGGUCACAAUCCAAUCUGCUACCAUGGUGACUAGCUUAUUCAAAAAAAAAAUGUUGCAAAUAAAAAACAAAAUGAAAUCAGUUCAUUUGAAAAUCCAUCGAAUAAGAAUCAUUGACGCAGGGAUUACUUUAGAGAUGGUUAGAAUUUUUUUUGUUUGAGUGGAGAUGGUUAGAAAUUCUUUUUUAUUUAGUGGAGAUGGUUAGAAAUCCUGUUAAAACAACAAGCAGACGAAUCCUCGUAGCGAAAUUACGGGAUAUAUAAAACUCGCUCGCAGAAACUGGGCCACUAGUGGGCCGGCCCAGAACUGCCCGGCCCUCGCUAUACUCCUCUUCUUCCUCCCCCAAUCCCCGAGUCGCCGCCGUCGAGGGUUUAGACAACGCCCCUUCCCCGCUCGCGCCGGCGCCGCCUCCCUCACGCCCCCGUCUCCUCCGGCUGGAUCCGCUCCUCCCCCGCCACCGGCAGCCUCCGGCUGCGGCGCUCGGGCACACCAUGGAGCUUGAGGAGGCCGCAACGGAGCGUGCCCUCGCAAGCAGCGGCGGCGGAAGCUCUGGUGUCGAGCCGGACCGGCUGAGCUCCUUGCCGGACAGUCUCCUCCACGCCAUCAUGUCCUUGCUGAAGGCCCGGCAGGCGGUGCAGACGUGCGUGCUGUCCACGCGCUGGAGGCACCUCUGGCGCUCCGUGCCGUGCCUGGACGUCGACCACGAUGAGUUCAGGACUGCGGCAGGAAGUGCUCCCAACAACCACCCCGCCCCCAACCCUGACUACUCCGACUCCGACCUUGACAGCUAUGAGGACUCGGACGACGAAAACAACAGCAUUAGCAACAAUGACAGGGAGUGGGAGGAUUUUGAGGAUUUCACCGAGAACCUGAUGCAUCGCUGCAACAUCUCUCAGUUGGAUUCCUUGAGGUUGCAUGUCAAUACGAGCAGGGCACCUAACUUUGCGGACAAACAGGCAGGGGGAUGGCUCCGUCGCGCAAUGAAGUACUGCAACCCAGAUCCUCCCCGGCAGUGUGAGGGAUUGAGCUCCGGUUCGUGGCAGCUCAAAAGGCUGUAUCUCUGCAAUGUGGCUCUGGAUAAUCGUUUUGCCAAGCAUGUCAGUUCAGUGUGCCACUCGUUGGAGGAGCUAGAACUGGAGGAUUGCACAUGUGAGAUUCCUGCAAUCACCUCCCGCUCACUGAAGAUCAUGGUUCUGAAAAAUUGCAGAUGGCGCUAUCUUUAUGAGAUUUCAUCACCGACAUUGAAGAGCUUAGUUAUUGUUGGUGGUUCGAAUACUGAUGACUGUGUGCUGGUUAUCGUGGCCCCUGUGAUUGCUCAUCUGUGCCUUGAUGUGCCUCUUCGCUUUGCCAGACGUCUUUCUGUAAAUCAGAAGCAAUCUUUGCCAAGGAUUUGAUCUAUUAACGAGGUCACAUGGGCAGUUUUUUCACAAGUAAACUUUGAUGUGAUCAAUUCAAGAUUCUUUGUAGUGUUACCUAAUGCGACAAGUUUAGAGGUGUCAGGGUUCUGGAUGAUGGUAUACCUUGUAUGUCUUUGUAGUUAUUUUUUCAGUGGCUUGGAUGUCCAGUACGAGAACCUCAAGCUUACUGAAAUCAUAUAUGAAGACAAUGAAGUCCCCAACGGUUGGAGCUUAUGACUCACAUUUCAGUGAAGCUGCCAAACAACGGCAUAAAACUCACCAAAGUUGAUUAAUGCUAUCAUUACUCUAGUCCUUGUAUGUGUCUUGCCACCUUCUUGUUCAUCUGAAAUUUGUGGGCAUGUUUCUAUGCAGCCUUCAGGUGUACUUAAAGUGGAAAGCAUAUACUUUCGACUCGUUUCUAGUAGACAAUGUAAAUAUUUUUCUCUAUAAACUAUGGAACCAAAUACCGAUGCUCUGUUUUCUUCACUUGUGAUCUUGCUGAAGGUUACUCAAGAAAAUAUCUUCUUUGA